AUGACCCUGAUGUUAGUGGGCAUCAAAGCGGAAGUCAAGAUGACGAGAUUGAGCGACAGAGUUAUGUCAACACGGUACGGAAAAGUUCGGGGAGUGCUUGUGGAAUUUCCUAAUCGGCAUUUACGUACGGUGGAAGCGUAUCUCGGUCUCCGAUACGCCGAUUUAAACCAAGGUGGAUUACGAUUUAUGCCUCCUAAAAACCCCAUGGAGAAAUGGAAAGGUAUACGGGUAGCUGUUGAACACCAACCGGUUUGUCCUCAACGUGCGGCUAAAAAUGAGGAUUUUGACCAGCGUCCCGACGGACGGGAAGGGCAGCUACGGAAUAUUAGUACGUUUAUUGUAAAACAAACGGAGGACUGUUUAACGCUGAAUAUUUACGUUCCUAUCUCAGGUAAGGCCAAGUUUGUUUACAUUAAAGUGGCUUUACCUGCGUUAGUCCGAAGCUUGUGA